AUGCCUACCUACAUUGUUACCCUGAAGGACACUGCUUCCCCCGAGGAAGUGGCCGCUGCGAAGAAGCACGCUCAGGACCAGGGCGGCAAGAUCGGCCACGAAUACAGUCUCAUCAAGGCUUUCUCUGUCACGUUCCCCAAUGAUGCUAUCACCACACUCGAGUCCAACGAGCAUGUUAAGGCUGUCGAGCUGGACCAGGAGGUGAGGACGCAAUAG